GACGGACACAGGGUACAAAUAAAAGUCACUCCACCACUGUUCUCCUCCGAUUGUCUCCUGCUCUAGCAACACAGAUCUCAUACUCAUAGAUUUUCCAGUUUGCCACCAUGAGUCCCAAGAACGUAAUCUUCAAGAAGAUGGCCAAGGACAAGUCGGUUGGAGUAUACAUGGCGAAGAGGGACUUUGUGGAUCGUGUGGACUCUGUCGAGCCAGUGGAUGGUGUCAUACUGGUUGACCCUGAGGUCCUCAAAGGAAAAAAAGCGUUCGUCCAGCUGUCCUGCACGUUCCGGUACGGUCGUGAAGAUAUGGACGUGAUGGGAAUUGCCUUCCGUAGGGAGAUCUACAUAGCCAUCCGCCAGGUGUAUCCGCCCAUACAGGACAAGGAGCAGUCCACACACACCAAGAUGCAGGGCAAACUGCUGCGCAAACUGGGAGACAAUGCCUUCCCUUUCUUUUUCGAGUUCCCUGAUAACCUGCCUUGUUCAGUGGGUUUGCAGCCUGGCCCUAAUGAUUCUGGGAAGCAAUGUGUCGUGGAGUUUGAGGUCAAGGCCUUCAGUGCGGAGAGCCAGGAGGCCAAAGUUCGCAAACGGAGUACCGUGCAUCUGAUGAUCCGGAAGCUGCAGUAUGCCCCGGAGAAUAGCGGGACGGCCCCCUCUGUGAAGACCACCCGUGAGUUUGUCAUGUCCGACAAGCCCCUGCACCUGGAGGCGAGUCUUGACAAGGAGAUCUACUACCACGGAGAGCCCAUUAAUGUGUGUGUCAACGUCACAAACAGCUCCAACAAGAAUGUGAAGAACAUCAUCGUCUCUGUGGACCAGGUGGCCACUGUGGUGUUGUAUUCCAAUGACAGCUACGUGAGGGCAGUGGCCUUAGAGGAAUCUGGGGAUGCUGUUGCUGCUGGUGCAAGCCUGAAGAAAGUGUACACCCUCACUCCCCUAUUGGUCUGCAACCGGGAGAGGCGGGGCAUAGCUCUCGAUGGCAAGUUGAAGCAUGAAGACACUAAUCUGGCAUCGUCUAGCAUGUGA